AUGUUGUUCUCCAGCGCUGUUGCCGCCGUUGCUCUCCUCGCCGCCGAGGCUUCCGCCCAUGGUGCCGUGACCAGCUACGUGAUCGAUGGCACAACGUAUCCUGGAUACGAAGGCUUCGCGCCCGCCACCGGCCCCAAGACCAUCGAAAGACAAUGGCCUGAUUACAACCCAACUCUUAGCGUGACCGAUAAGAAGGUCAUGUGCAAUGGUGGCACGUCCGCAGACCUCAGCGCCCCGGUGAAGGCUGGAGGCAAGGUCAAGGCCAUCUGGAAACAGUGGACUCACGCUCAAGGCCCUGUCAUGGUUUGGAUGUACAAGUGCGCUGGCGACUUCAAAUCAUGCGAUGGAUCAGGCAAGAAAUGGUUCAAGAUCGACGAGAAGGGAAUGACCGCCCCUCCUCUUUCUGGCACUGCGUGGGGUACGAACGACGUGUUGAAAAACCUCUAUUGGGAGUCUACCAUCCCCAGCUCUCUUGCUGCAGGCAACUACCUUAUCCGUCACGAACUCCUCGCUCUCCACCAGGCCAACACACCCCAGUUCUACGCUGAGUGCGCUCAAUUGCAGGUCACUGGUAGCGGCUCUGGCCAACCUAGCGGUGACUUUCUUGCCACCAUCCCCGGUUACGCGCCCCAGAGCGACCCAGGAAUCACCGUCGAUACAUACGGAAGCAAGGCUACAACGUACACUCCGCCUGGACCCAAGGUUUGGAGUGGUUAG